CAAGGAUGCUGCGCCGGUGUGGAUGGCGGAAGGUGUGGACACGUGUGUUCGUCUUUGGUUUGGAAUAAGGGCACGAGAUGGCGACUCUUUCCUCCAUCCAAACGCAAUCUGAUCCCCUCUUCUCAUCCCCUCCGCAAGCAGCCGCCGCCUCCGUCAACAGGCACUCAUCGCUCCCCUCCCUCUCCCCCUCCCGCAGACCCCCACAAGCACCUCCCCUCGCCUCCCGAAAGACCAGGGCCCUCCACAGCCAGGCGCACCCGUUGGCCCUGCUGGAAGAUGCCCGCUCUGGCUUCCUGGGCAAGCUUGAGACCGGCUCGAGGGACUUCAGGGCGCUCGAUGCCGCUGUGCACCCUAUGGUUCGUGCUUGCGGCCUCUGGUAAUGGUUUCAUGAUGUGUUUGCUUUGUUUGGUUGAUGCAGGUGAAUGAGCCCCAGCGGGCGCAGACACCGUGGAACUACAACAACCCCUUCAGACGGUCUGAGCUGGAGAAGAGGGUGGAGGGGCCGAGAGCUGCCACCAAGUCAGUGUCGCCACCAAAGUCACCAGAUGGACAGACGCCGUACAUCAGGAGGAUAAGAAAGUACUGCGACGGGAGAAAGAGGAACGAGACGAAGCAUAUUCAUGUUUGCUGUGGCUGUCAGGAGGGCGCAGGAUCGUUUCCAUGGCGGUCUCCGCAGCGCCAGGAAUCAGCUGGCUGACCUGAAGAUGCUCGCAGAGACAGCCAAGAGGUGCGAACUAGGCAGAAGUGAUGCGGUUUUGAUGGAUUUGUGUGUGUCUCAGGGGGGGAAGGCUGGAGGCGGCAGGGCAGGCGUAUUACAAGAUGGGAGUGGUCCUCGACAAUGAGGGCAGCUACGACCAGGCCAUCAACAGCUAUACCGACUUCCUCAAUGUGGCCACUGCUGAGGGGGACAAACAGGCUCAGGCGCUUGCACACAACUGGUGGGCAGAACUGGUGGGCAGAAAAGGCGCACGGGGGAGAUGCGAUGCGUGUCAUUGUUGGCUUAUGUUGCCACACACGCAGCCUGGGCAUUUGCUACUAUCGCAUGGGUGACUACGACAACGCCAUAACGCACUAUAACAAGCACCUGCAGCUUGCAGACGACCCCGGCAAGUUCAUCGCCCACUCAAACCUGGGCAUCGUCUUCCAGAACAUGGGUACAGGGGUCAGACAGACAGAUGGACAGACACACCCAUGUCUCACCCACCCGCUCCUCGGGCAUGGAUGUGGGCGUGCUCAUCAGGUCUUGCUGAGCACGCGGCCAUCCACCACCAGCAUGCGAUAGAGUAUGCGCACAGGCUGCAGAGCAAGACUGCGCAGGCUGUGGCUGUGGGCAACCUUGGCCUUUCCUCAUUCACACAAGGGUAGGUGGACUGGACUGGCCAGUGCAAACAACAAAGAAAACAACCAGCCAGCCAGCCAGCCAGCGCAUGCUCUUCCCCUGUUCUUCCUUUCUCAUGCAGUGACUACAACACGUCCCGUGUGUGUCUCCAGUAUCACCUCAAGAGCACCGGUGCCCCCCAGCAGCCACUCGUGACGGCUCUCAUGCCCUACAGGCCGAUCAGGACCCUCUCCCCCCCACCAACCGUCGCACCUCCCAACCCAAAACAUCAGACGCAAAGUAAGUAGCGGGAGGAUCGAUAAUGUCUCUUUGACGGCUGUGUCUUCCAUUCAUUUCGUGUUCAUUCAUCCAGUGGCGGCUCACACUCAGCUGGGGAGGGUGCUGUGUCAGGAGGGGAAGCUGGAAUCCGCUGCUGAUCACUUCCACAGGUAAAAAAGAGAGGGCUCCUCAGACACAUUUCUGCUCAUGGGGGUUUUAUGAUGGUGUGUGGUGCAGGGCCCUUGAGCUGGGGAAAGAGGUCAAAGACAAGGAAGCGGUGCACGAGAUCAAGUCAUCCAUCGGUACAAGAUAUAAAGCGGGAUUGUCUCGUCACUGGUUGUCCGUCGGUUGCCCUGUAUGUCACCUAGGUGUGGUGUUGGGCAGGGUGAACUUCGAUGAGUAUCGACAGCGGCUUCUCUCCCAAGUUUUGGACCUCAAGGAAGGUGGGUGCAGGCGGCAAGGCGGCGUGCUCAUGUACGCACGGAUGUGUGUGUAUGCAGACCGGCGGAACUCACAUGGGAACGAUAGACGGCUGCCUGCGCUCAUGCUGUGAGGUGUGUGUAUGUACCGGUACCUAUGCGUUGUGGGUGAGGGUCACUUGCUAUGCUUGCUAUCUUGCUGGAUUACACAUCUUUGCGCUGCGCUCUCUUGCUGCGCUGCCACACUGACUGACUUGCUUCUAUUCUACACACAUACCAG